AUGGAAAGAUCGUUGACAAAACGAGAGGGAGACGGCAAACCGAACACCAAGCCAAACGCGCUCGAAUUGUUCGGCAAGGAGUUACAAGGGUCGUACCUGGUCGAAAUUGAGAAUUCGUACCAGUUCAACGUGGCGCUUGAGCUUACUUCGGCUAUACGAUCUUUCCGCCAGACGGCUGCCUUCCUCAAGCAACACCGAGACGCGUCGAAUAAACUGAAAAUCUCGGGUCUGAAAUUGAUCCUGAGCCACCCGACUGUUUGGUCGUUUGUCUUUGCCUGA